AUGGACACAAGAAACAAUUCUGCAAUGACUGAGUUCAUACUUGCAGGUCUAACAUACUGGCCAGGGCUGCAGAUUCCUCUCUUCCUACUAUUCUUGAGUAUUUAUGUAGUUACCAUGGUGGGAAAUUUAAGCAUGAUAACACUGAUUGGUGUCAGUUCUCACCUGCACACUCCCAUGUACUAUUUACUCAGCAGUUUAUCUUUCAUUGAUCUCUGUCAUUCCACUGUAAUUAUCCCCAAAAUGUUGGUGAACUUUGUGUCAGAGAAGAACAUUAUCUCCUACAAGGGGUGCAUGACUCAACUCUAUUUUUUUCUCAUUUUUGUAAUUGCCGAGUGUCACAUGUUGGCAGCUAUGGCAUAUGAUCGUUAUGUUGCCAUUUGUAGGCCUUUGUUAUAUAAUGUUAUCAUGUCCAAUCAGGUGUGUAUUUGGUUGGUAAUCGGGGUGUACAUAAUGGCCUUUGUUGGUGCCACAGCUCACACAGGCUGCAUGCUUAGAGUGUUCUUCUGUAAGGACAAUGUCAUCAAUCAUUACUUCUGUGAUCUCAAUCCCCUCCUAGAGCUCUCUUGCUCCAGCAUCUAUAUUAAUGAAAUGAUGGUUGUUUGUCUCAGCGCAUUUAAUAUUCUCACUCCAAUUGUGACCAUUCUUAGCUCUUAUAUUUUCAUCAUUGCUAGCAUCCUCCGCAUCCGUUCCACUGAAGGGAGGUUCAAAGCCUUUAGCACCUGUAGCUCCCACAUGGCAGCAGUUGGUGUCUUCUUUGGUUCUGGUUCAUUUAUGUACCUACAACCAUCUUCAGUCAGCUCAAUGGAACAAGGGAAAGUGUCCUCUCUGUUUUAUUCAAUCAUUGUCCCCAUGUUGAACCCUCUCAUCUACAGCCUGAGAAACAAGGAUGUCAAAGUUGCCAUGAAGAAAUUCAUAGAGAGGAGAAUCUUCUGGUGA